UCUACAAGCGUUCAAAAUGGCGGCGGCUGCAGCACAGAAAGUUCAAGAAGUAAGAGACAUCACAAGAAUUGAAAGAAUAGGUGCUCAUUCCCACAUUCGUGGUCUUGGUUUAGAUGAUGCACUGGAAGCCAGACAGGUUUCUCAGGGAAUGGUUGGUCAAGUUGCUGCCAGAAGAGCUGCUGGUGUUAUUUUGGAAAUGAUCAAGGAGGGAAAGAUCGCAGGUAGAGCCGUGUUGAUUGCAGGACAGCCUGGUACUGGAAAAACAGCUAUUGCUAUGGGCAUGGCUCAGUCUCUUGGCCCAGACACUCCAUUUACGGCUAUUGCUGGUAGUGAAAUUUAUUCAUUGGAAAUGGGAAAGACAGAAGCUCUCACACAAGCUUUCAGAAGGUCCAUUGGUGUUCGCAUAAAAGAGGAAACUGAGAUCAUAGAAGGUGAGGUGGUUGAAAUACAAAUUGACCGACCUGCAAGUGGAACGGGAGCCAAGGUUGGCAAACUUACAUUGAAAACAACAGAGAUGGAAACAGUUUACGACCUGGGGACAAAAAUGAUAGAAUCACUUACAAAAGAAAAAGUCCAGGCAGGGGACAUCAUAACCAUAGACAAAGCAACAGGGAAAGUCUCCAAACUUGGUCGUUCAUUUAACAGAGCUAGAGAUUAUGAUGCCAUGGGGCCACAGACCAAGUUUGUCCAGUGUCCUGAGGGUGAGAUACAAAAGAGAAAAGAAGUUGUUCAUACUGUCACUCUCCAUGAAAUUGAUGUCAUCAAUAGCAGAACACAGGGAUUCCUGGCUCUGUUCUCAGGUGACACUGGUGAGAUCAAAGGAGAAGUUCGAGAACAGAUCAAUGCUAAAGUAGCAGAAUGGAGGGAAGAAGGAAAAGCUGAUAUUGUUCCAGGGGUUCUGUUUAUUGAUGAAGUUCACAUGCUUGAUAUCGAGUGCUUCUCCUUUCUAAACCGUGCGCUGGAAAACGACAUGGCUCCAGUUCUCAUAAUGGCAACAAAUAGAGGAAUCACAAAAAUUCGUGGAACAAAUUAUAAGAGUCCUCAUGGCAUUCCACUUGAUCUACUGGACCGACUAUUGAUCAUCUCUACAUCGCCUUACCAAGAAAAGGAUCUGCGGCAAAUUCUCUCUAUACGAUGCGAAGAGGAGGAUGUGGAGAUGUCAGAGGAUGCUAUAUUCUUACUGACCAAAAUUGCUCAGGAAACAUCUCUAAGAUACUCCAUUCAGCUUAUUACAGCCUCUAGUCUCGUGUGCCGGAAGAGAAAGGGAACUGAAGUGGAUGUUAAUGACAUCAAGCGAGUGUAUUCACUAUUCCUGGACGAAGCUCGCUCCAGCCAGUUUCUUAAAGAAUACCAAACAGAAUUCAUGUUCCACGAAGACGAAUCACCCGAGCCCUCGUCUGAAGCCAUGGAGACUGAGGCCGGGAAUGAUUGAUGAAUUUCCCAUCCCAGAGUACAUUGCGUGUUCUGUGUUGUUUUUAGAUCUCUCCAUAACUUGCGCGGCCCUUGCGAACGUUUGCAAUCAAACUGAGAACCAUUUUAGCCUGUUACUUGUAACUCUGAAUAGUCUUUCAGUGAAGUAAAUGGAGCUUUCAAGUGUGAAGGUGCAUAAACACGAAACUAUGUUUUAAGGGGAAAAAACAACAUGAGCGCGCACAAGAAAAAUAGCAGGGACCUGUUGCAGCGACAAAUCCCCUCAUGUGUGCUGACGCACGUACAUGUCGCUGGAAUGUGUGUAGAAGUGGUGAUUUUGACCUUGCUACAUGUCGCUGGAACAUGUCCUUUCAUGUGUCUACGUCUUAACUGAAUUUUAUUAACGAAGAACGCGACGGCCAGAUGAAUUGUAAAAGCACUUGGCUGUUUUAGUUUAGAGGUUCUAAGCGUCACAACGUUGGCUGUUUGCUCUGUGGAAAUCACAAAACACUAGUAUUAUUAUCUUAACUAUAUCUAUGUGAUAUUGUUUGUAGUCUGUUUGUAACAAAGAGUGCAUUUCACAUAA